UAUAUUUUUGCACAAUGUCUGAGAAUAAGAAAUUUGUUGCGAGACCGAAAGUUAGAUUUUCCCAAACUGAUGCUGAAGAACUGGUAACGGGGGGAUUAAAAAAUUCGAACGAUCAGAAAAAUGUCAAACAAUCGAGUACACCAAGAAUUACAAGUAUCGUAGCACUAGUUAAACCUGUUAGAUUAGUAAACUUAAAGGGAACACGUGCAAAUUGUGAAGACAAAGAUUCGAAAGUUAUUGAUAAUACACAAAAUGCGAAUUCAUCAACAUUAUGUGCUAAUACACUCCCAACUUGUACAAUUCAAUCUUCAUCUUCUUUAAAUAAAAACUCUGUGAAAACAGAGAAUCAUAUACCUUUGAAUGAUGCUAAUAAUAUUCAGAAUAUUAAAAAGAAUGUCAAAGAAAUUGAUACACCUCAAACUUCUGCUAAGUCUAUAAAUGAUGAUAUAACAGUUCCUACAGCUUCUUCUAUUAAGCAAAGUGAAAAUGUACACAAAAUUCUAAAGCCAAAAAAUUAUGUUACAACUAAUCCCUUAAAGAGGGAUUCUACAAAAAGUAAAAAAGGGAAAGAAAAUGAUGCAGUAAUUGUUAAAAAAGGGAUUAAAACUGCAACUAUAAAAUGUUCAGAUGCAGACAUUUUAAAACAUAAAGCUAGAAUUUGUUCUGCUGGUACUAGUACAAAAAAGCCAAUUGUUGCAAAUAAAACAUCUAUUUCAGGUACAACUAAAAAAAAUGUAAAUUCUAAAUCUGCUGUUGGUAUUAUGCCAUGUUAUAAACAUAAAACUAUGAUAAGAGAUAUAAUUGGUUCUAAGAUAAAGCCUUGCAUUGGUCCAGGAGUAUCACAUACAAAAUUAGACGAUUUAAAAAUUUUAAAAACUGAUGAAAGCACUCAUGUUAAAUCAAUUGUCUCUGGAGAAAUAUUAGGAAGGCCAGAAUACAAUUCAAUUAUGUGUACAAUUAAUAAAUUGAAUGAAAUCAAGAAGCAGAAAGUUGUAACUGACGUUGAACAUCUACCAGCUGCAUAUAAAAAUGUUAUAAGUGGAAAGGUUUCUACUGCUUUAGAUUUCCCCCUUGAUGAAGCUAUUUACAAAAAUUUAGUGGACCUGUCCAUAGAUGAAAAUCAAUUACCAAACAGAUUAACACGUAGCAAGGAUCCGGAGCCGCGGCAAAAGGAUAUUGUACCAGUACUCUCGGACUUUUUUACACCUGCACCUACGGAAGAGUACUGUACUGCUGUUUCCACAAAACCACGAACUCCAGAAAUUGUAGAUACUUCCAAUCCCUUUAGAAUAAGUGAUCAGAUAUGUAAAUGGAAGUAUCGUUUAGAUAAUGCAUAA